AUGGAGCUGGAUAAUAAUACACACAUUUCCAAAUUUUUUCUUCUGGGAUUUUCAGAGCAAUCAGAAUUGCAGCCUCUCAUAUUUGCGCUUUUCGUCUCCAUGUACCUGAUCACUGUGUUUGGAAACCUGUUCAUCAUUCUGGCUGUCAGCUCAGACCCCCGACUCCACACCCCCAUGUACUUCUUCCUUUCCAACCUAUCAUUUGUAGACAUCUGCUUCACCUCCACCACCAUCCCAAAGAUGCUGUGGAACAUCCAGACCCAGAGCCAAGUUAUCACUUAUGAAGGUUGUAUUACACAGAUUUAUUUUUUCAUAUUUUCUGCAGUAUUGGACAUCUUUCUCCUUGCUGUGAUGGCCUAUGACCACUUUGUGGCCAUUUGCUACCCCCUGCACUACACAGUCAUCAUGAACCCCCUGUUCUGUGGACUGCUAGUUCUCGUGUCCUGGAUCAUCAGUACCCUGGAUUCCUUGUUGCAAAGUUUAAUGGUGUUGCAGCUUUCUUUUUGCACAAAUGUAGAAAUCCCCCAUUAUUUCUGUGAAAUCAAUCAGAUGAUUCAACUUGCCUGUUCUGACACCUUUCUAAAUAAUACAGUGAUGUAUUUUUCAGUUGUACUGCUGGGUGGUGGUCUCCUGUCUGAAAUUCUUUACUCUUACUCUAAGAUAGUUUCCUCUAUAAGUGGAAUAUCAUCAUCUCAGGGGAAGUAUAAAGCAUUUUCCACCUGUGCAUCUCACCUCUCAGUUGUCUCUUUAUUUUUUUGCACAAGUCUAGGAGUGUACCUUAGCUCUGCUACUACCCACAGCUCACACUCAAGUGAAAUAGCUUCGGUGAUGUACACUGUGGUCACACCCAUGCUGAACCCCUUCAUCUACAGUCUGAGGAACAAAGACAUAAGGAAAGCUCUGAAAAGAUUCUUUGUGAUGGCAGGUCUAAAAAGGUCAAUUAUUUUGGGUCUAGAAAAGUGCUCAUGA